AUGCAGAGGAAGAGCAGCUUCACUGGGCUCCUCAUCACUGCUCUGUGUGCAGUGGCCUCUGGGCUGACCAGCAAAAAGUACUACCAUGUGAAUAAAAUAUUGACCUGGCACGGUGCUCAACAGUAUUGCCGAGAGCACUACACUGACCUGGCAUUCAUCAGCAACCAGGAAGAGGCAGAGCUGGUCUUCAACAUUAAAGAAACGACCAAGGUGAUGUGGAUUGGUCUGUACAGAGAUAACAAUGACCCAAUUGGGUGGAAGUGGUCAGGAGGGGAGGACUCAGAGUUCAGGCUUUGGGGAAAGAAAGAACCAAACAAAGGGGAGAGUGAGCUGAUCCUGGUUCAGGAGAAUAAGACGUGGAUGGAGGCUCUGAAGCACUGCAGGAAUCACCACACAGACCUCCCCAGCCUACUCUCUGAGACAGAGCAGCUCCAGGCCCAGAGCAAGAUGAAGGGGGCCCAGACGGACCACGUGUGGACGGGCCUGCGCUUCCAUGCCGGCUACUGGCUGUGGGUGAACGGGGAUGCUCUGGAGUACCAGGCCGGGUUAGGGACCGGGGGAAAGCUGCCCCAGUGCCCAGGCAGUUACCACUGUGGGACCCUGGCCAAAGAAGAAGAGUACUGGGGAAUUAGGGACUGUGAGGAGAUGAUGAACUUCCUCUGCUACAGAAAGUGAUUUGACUACAUCGGCCAACUGUCUUAUCCAUAUGCCUCCAUGUCAAUUUUGCCAGGUUUUGAAGGUUGAGGAGCAUAUUUUAUUGCCGUGUGUACAAAGUGUAUCUAUUACUUACUUACUGUGUGAUAAAUAUACUGAACGUGUAUAUUCAUAAUUUAAUCAAACUUUCUUUUACUAUCAGAAGAUACAUACAAAUAUUCAUAAAGAAAAAAAAGCUCUAAUGGUUUCUGUUUGUUCCUGCUUCAUAUUGUAGACUGA